AUGCACAUCUCAGCCAAGCUCCAGGCUGCGGCCAAGGAGAAGAAGUCGACCUACUCGUUCGAGUUCUUCCCUCCCAAAACCGCCCAAGGUGUACAGAAUCUCUAUGACCGUAUGGAUCGUAUGCACAACUUUGGUCCCUCUUUCAUCGACAUCACAUGGGGAGCUGGUGGCAGACACGCCUCGCUUACCUGUGAAAUGGUCAAGGUUGCCCAGACGGUUUAUGGUCUCGAGACAUGCAUGCACUUGACUUGCACCGAUAUGCCCAAGUCAAAGAUUGACGAGGCUCUGAAGGAGGCUCAUGAUGCUGGCUGCACAAACAUCCUCGCUCUUCGAGGCGACCCGCCACGUGAGAAGGAAAAGUGGGAGGCAACAAGUGGAGGCUUCAGAUAUGCAAAGGAUCUUGUCAAGUACAUCAAGGAGACAUACGGCGACCACUUCGACAUUGGUGUCGCUGGUUACCCAGAAGGUUGCGAUGACAACGAUGAUCCUGAAGAGCUGAUCACGCACUUGAAGGAGAAGGUUGACCUCGGUGGUACCUUCAUCGUAACGCAGAUGUUCUACGACGCCGACAUCUUCCUUGCCUGGGUCAAGAAGGUCAGAGCUGCCGGCAUUGACGUUCCUAUCGUGCCUGGUAUCAUGCCCAUCUCCACCCACGCUGCCUUCCUCAGACGCGCAAACUGGUCAAACAUCCACGUUCCUCCACACUGGCACGAGGCCCUCGAGCCUGUCAAGAACGACGAUUCCGCUGUAAGAGAUGUUGGUACUGGUCUGGUCGUCGAGUUGUGCCGCAAGCUGUUGGACAACGGCAUUUUGCACUUGCACUUCUACACCAUGAACCUUGCACAGUCUACUCGCAUGAUUCUGGAAGAGCUCAGCAUCACUCCCUCGCAAGACACUCCUCUUGAGAAGCCUCUUCCCUGGAGGCAGUCUCUUGGUCUCAACCGCCGCGACGAGAAUGUUCGUCCUAUCUUCUGGCGCAACCGCAAUCGCUCAUACAUUGCCCGUACCCAAGACUGGGAUGAGUUCCCCAACGGUAGAUGGGGUGACAGUAGAUCUCCUGCCUACGGAGAGUUGGACACAUAUGGUAUUGGCUUGAAGGGUACCAACGAGCAAAACCGCAAGCUUUGGGGUGAACCCAAGUCCUUCCGCGACGUUGCCACUCUUUUCGCGAACUACAUGCAAGGCAAGGUCGAGUCUCUGCCUUGGAGUGAGAGUCCCAUCACCGAUGAAGCCGAUGCUCUCCGUCUUGACCUGAUCGAUCUCAACCAGCGUGGUCUUUUGACUAUCAACUCGCAGCCUCCUGUCGAUGGCGCAAAAUCGAGUCAUCCUGUCUACGGAUGGGGUCCCCGCAAUGGUUAUGUCUACCAGAAGGCCUACCUCGAAGUCCUUGUCUCGCCUGAGUUGAUCUCCGAGCUCAUUACUCGUAUGGAGCGCAACCCCAACAUUACCUACUUCGCCGUCAACCAACACGGUGAUCUGAAGACCAACUCCCCUGACGAGGGCCCUAACGCUGUCACCUGGGGUGUCUUCCCUGGCAAGGAGAUUGUACAGCCUACCAUCGUUGAGACAGUGUCCUUCCUCGCCUGGAGAGACGAGUUUUACAGACUCGGAUCUGACUGGUCUCGUUGUUAUGACGCCACUUCGCCUUCCCGCUAUGUCAUCAAUGACCUGAUGCAGAACUGGUACCUUGUGAACAUCGUCAACAACGACUUCCGCGAGCAACGCGGUAUUUUCCCACUCUUCGACAAGCUCGAGGUCCCUGAUAUUGACAAGGAGAUUACCGCUCCUGAAGUCUCUCAAGAGACCAACGGCGUCACCAAUGGCGAGAAGCACGACGAAGAGAAGAAGGAGGAAGCUAAGACUGGUAAUGGCGAAGUCACCGACACGAAGAUCCCUGACAGCAUCAACGGUGCCGAAGAGAAAGCUGACACCGAACCCAAGGACGCACCAGCCCACAACACCGGCGCUGGGCCCUCCACCUCCAUCUAA